AUGUCAAGGCCUGUUGAGAGAAUAGUAGAGAUCAAUGAUAGAAAAGAGCUUUGGAAGAUUGUUGUUAGGAUUCACCACAGAUGGAAAGUUGUCUCCAACAACAAGGAACAUUUUGAAAUGAUCUUUGUUGACAAAUUGGGAGAUGAUAUUCAUGCUGUUGUUCCAGCACCGCAUGUGUCGGUGUUCACCGAAAAAUGCUUAUUAGGCCAUACUUAUGCUGUAUCUAAUUUUAAGGUGGUGCCUUAUGUUCCGGCCUUCAGGGCAUCGGGACACAAAUAUAUGAUAAAGUUUACUGCUGGAACGUCUGUUCUUGAUGAAGACAAACAUGAGAUACCCCCGAAAUCGAUUUUAUUUACAAGUUUUUCCGACAUCAUAACAGGGAGGUUUGACAAACAUGUUCUGAUUCAUGUCGUUGGAAUGGUUGAUAGUAUUGGUUAUGCACAGACUGAGUCAGGUGCAAAGAAGCAGCAAAUUAGCAUGAUGUUGCGUGAUCACAGCAACAACAUGUUGAACUGUACUUUGUGGGAAUCAUACGCGGAUCAGUUCAUCAAGUUUAACAAAGUUAGGGUUGCUGCAUCACUCCCUACAGUUGUGUUGCUUCAGUAUGCCAAAGUGAAGGAAGAAGGAAAGUAUCCUCUGUCUGUGACAAACACCUACAAUGUGACCCUUUUAUGUGUUGAUGCUGAUUUUCCGGUCAUGAAAGACUUUAUUGAUAGAAUGCUUGAGGAGAGCAGGGUAACCCUGUCUGAACAACUUGGAGGGAAUUCCCAAUAUUCCUCCCAAAGUUCUGAAAAUCAACAGCUCACUCCUGUGCAAAAAUUGUUCUCAAAGGCUGUUGUUUUGCCUAUUGCUGAGAUUAUUCAACUUACGGAUGUUACAUUUUGUGCUACUGUCGCUACAACAAAAUUAUUAGUAGCAUCUCCGUUUGGAUGGUAUAAGAUUGAAAUUGAGGUUACUCACGGGGGCCAAAGCUGCAAUUUUGUCUUCUGGAACAGGAAUAGAGAAUGUGAAAUGCUGUUGGGUUUAUCUGCAUCGCAACUUCGUAACACUAUGAUUCAUGCUGGAAUUACUGAUCCAUUGGACUUUCCGUUAGCACUUGAUCAGUUGUUGAAGUUGGAAAUGGCUAUGAAGGUUAAGUGGCAUCCACGCUGGAAGAACUGUUCCGUCGUUAUGAUUAUAAAAAAUGAUCCUAUUAUCCAGCAAAUUAAGGAAAAAUGGGGAACAGAUGAGGAACCUAUUCCAAUCCAAACUGUCGUACCUGAGACUCUGGAGAUUAAAGAGAGUGUUGAUGAGGCUAAAACAGAUGGCAAUGAAGACUGUGAAUUGGUUAUAGACCUGGAAAUUACAUCUGAGCACAAGCCUGAUGCUGUCACACCUGGUGGUAAGAGGCAUCUUCCUGCUGCAUCAAGUGAAUUCAUUGAUUUGGACGGAUUACAUGAUGGGGAACUGUCAUCUAACAAGCUGAAGAAGAUAAUUAAAAUGGAGAAGAUUGAUUAG